AUAUAAAUGUGUAGUUAUAACUAUAGUUAGUUGGUUGCUUGCGAAAGUGGAAAGUAUCUCAUAGAUACCUUCCGAUUUGAGCGCGCGUUUGUUUUGUUGUUUUGUCAAUAAAUUGCAAGACUGAGAAACCGUCGAAUCUAUCCAGUAAUAAUCCCCAGGUAUCUACUUACGAGUAGGUGACUGUGACACAAAUAACGGAAGUGCUCGACUAUACCCAAUAAAAACAACAAUAACCCGUCAGAUUGUUUGUUGCUAGCCAACAACAAUAACAACAUUAAUCAAAUGUUGGCCAAAACCGAACGCGUUAAGCGCAUUAUAUAUUGGCAAAAACAACAACAAUAACAAAAACAACAACAACAAGCUGCUGCCACCAAAUGCAGCAAAGCGUGAAGUGCUUACCAAAUGAAUUUUCUAUAUUAUAAUUUUCAAAAAAAAAAAACAACAAAGUAAACGAAACUCUGCGCUUCAAAAAAAAAAAUUAGAAAUUCAUGCAUAAAAACUGAAUCCAAAAUUGGCGCGUUAAAACUCGGUUUCUAGGCAAUAUACUCGUAACUUGGUUGGUGUUAAAACCAACAAGUUAACAACAACAACAACGGGUUCUUAACCCUAACAAGUUAAAUCGUCUAAUACAAAACGCAUGUUGAGCUGCUUUUUUGGGCAGCAGACACCUAUGGAAACAUCAUGUGGCUUGGACUUGUCAACGGCGACGCACAGCAACAACAAUAUAAGCGGCUACAACAACAACAACAGCAUCGAUUACAUCUGAAAACCUAACCUAAACAAGUCAAAAAAAAAAUAAUAAUCGCCGCUAACAACAUAAAUCGCUAAUCGUUAAUCGUUUGGUCGAUCGCCAACAUCAACAUCAUCAUCAUCAGCAAUAUAUUUAAAGUAUCGCAUUUGUGUUAUGUUUGUGUGUGUUUUUAUUAUUUUAUUUGUUGUUUGUAAUACCACCCAACCACCACCUGCCUGCCGUUAACGAUCAUGCAUAGACCAAAGCUAGCAAAUCCUAUAACUGCUGCCGGUAUUGCCUCAUCCAUAUCAAAAAACAACAACAGCAACAGCAAUAGUAACAACAACAAAUCAAAACGUUCACGUCAAUUCAGCAAUCCAGCAGCAACAAUCGGCACAGCAGCAACUAACGAGUCUGCAUUGAACUCGUCAUCGUCAUCGUCACAAUACGAACAGCAUUCGCACUCCAAACUAAUAGACGCUUCAAUUGAUUUAGAACAUUACAUCAGCGCCAUGGAGGCACGACGCAACGACAACGAGCCGGAUGUGUGGGCUCAGUUGCAGCAGAAGGAAUCGGAUAUACUGUUAGCCGCUGAGCUCGGCAAAGCACUGCUCGAAAAGAACGAGGAGCUGGUCAAGCAGCAGGAGAAACUGAUUGAGGAUUAUUCUGGUAAAAUUGAGAAACUUGAACAGGAGAAGCAUGUGCUGCGCCAGAAACUGGCCAUAGCGGAGGAUGAAAGCGAUCAGCGUGUCCUGGAACUGCAAUCCGAUCUCAAUGAGUUAAAGGAUAAGCUGCAGACACAGGAUGCGGCCAUCAGGCAGGCGGAAAAGGAGAAGACCAUACUCAUCGAUGAGCUCCAGCAUCAGAACACCCGACUCACCGAGCAGAUACAGGAGGCACAUGCCACGGAAAUGAAGCUCAGCGCACAGAUACAGGAACUCAAGGAUCAGUAUCACUACAGAAACAGCAGCUUACAGGAGCACGUCAACAGUCUGGAAUCCAUCAAAACCGAACUUAACCUCACCACAGGCAAACGACAGGAGCUGGAGCGUCGUCUGCAGCACGCGCAGGAGGAGAAGGAGAGCCUCACCUUAUCACUGGAAGAAGCGUCCGACAGAAUUCACAUGCUGGAGCGACAUGCUCGCGAGCAGGAAACAAAAUUAGAGACCACCUUACAAGCAUUGGAGCGAUCUCAGCGUGAGAAUAAUGUACUCAGCGAGCGUUUGGGCGCUGACACCAACUCAAUGCCCGGCAAGAAGAGUUUGCAAUUUGAAAUGGAAUGCGAUGAGGAAGAGGCGAGCUUCUCAGAAACGGGUAAACCCAGUCAAAUGUGGAUUGAAGCGCGAUCAGUUUAUAUACAACUGAAAUCCCUGGUGGAUUCGCUAAAAGUGAGCCAUGACGAUGACUCAGGUCUUAACUCUGACAUAUCGCUGGAUCUGGAAUCCAUGGAUAAUACAAUGUCAAGCACAGAGCGAAGUGAGGGUGACCAUAUCGCCAUUGACUUUCGUCAGGGCAUGCUGUCCUCUAUGUCGGAUGAGCUGACGCGGCUGCUGCUUAAUUUGGAUGCGGGUAACUUUAAGAAAAUGCUGGACCAAACCCGCAAUCUUGUGCUGGAACAGGAGGACGAGAUCAAACGCAGUCACCAGCUGAUACAGCAACUGGAGGCCAAGGUCACGGUAACCGAUGUCGAGCUGCAGAAUGUGAAGGAAGAACGAGAUCAGGCACGUGGCGAUCUGGUCGAUAACACCGAUCGUGAUGAGCUGCUAACAAAGGCGCAAAAGGAACGCGAUGCGGCCAAUGAGCGUCGGACCAAGGCCGAGGUGGAACUGGCCAAGAAUCGAGUCGAACUGAUGCAGGCCAACAGUCAGCUGCUCGAGUCUAUACAACAGAAAGUGGAGCUAUCCCAGCAGCUGGAGCAGUGGCAAAUGGACAUGCAGGAGCUGAUCGAUGAGCAAAUGCGCUCCAAGCUGAUCAACAAUCGCCGUGUGGCCACCAGUGAGACGACAACAGCGCCGCCAAGCAGUGCCGCUGCCAAUCUGGCCAAACGUGUGUCCAGCUACAAGCUCUGGAGUUUAUUUCAGCGGUAAUUGGACUAAUUUGACAGCGCGCUGGAAGAUCUACGCAACUCUUAUAUUUUUAAUGUAGAAAAGACAUGAAGAAGUUUCAAAUGAGCUAUAUAUUUUUAAUAUUUAUACACACACACACACAUACACAAAAGAGAGCCUAGGCAUAUAUGUAUUUGUACUUAAAGUUGUUGUAAUUUGUAUGUAUAUUGGAAAGAUACGCCCUUCUUCGGUUUUGUAGUGAAAUCUAUAUUAAUUACGCUUUAUUAAUCUUAAAACCAUUAUAAUGUAUUAUUGUAAUUGUACUCUCGUACCUAUGUUUAAACAAUAUUUCUGUACACAAAUUAUCUAAACGCUUGCUCUCUAAAUGUACCCUUGUUUAGUUAAUCUUGUAAUUGUUUAAGCUGUAACGGAAAAUCAAACAUAUCGCACCAUUUGGUUAAGCGUCUGGCGAAUGGCUUUUAAAGCCAUUUCGCUAGUUCAUAAACUUGUGUUUGCGAUUACUGAAAUCAAAAUGUUAUAAUCGUAUCUCUAACCUAUAAUUGUACUUAAGCAUAUUUAAGUGUAAGCAAAGCAUUUAUGUUAAAACAAAAAGAUUAUGUAUAUGAGGAGUAUAUAUUUUUCAAGCAGGCAGACAACGGAAAUGAACGCGGACUGCGCGUCAGACAACUUGCCUUAAAUACGGACAAUGAAACGGAAAGUUUAACAUUUUAGAUUGUUUAACUACAUAACUUACCAAUAAAUUAUACAAAAUAAAAACUCAUUUAAU